AUGGACCACCACUGCCCCUGGACCGCAAACUGCGUCUCCCACACCACCUUUCCCCACUUCCUCCGCUUCCUCCUCUACACCACCCUCGGCCUCUCCCUCCUCCAAUACUUCCUCCUCCUCCGCCUCCACCACCUCUGGCAGUCCCGCACCCAACCGGCCUCCCUCGGCCCCACCCCAUUCCAACUAGCCCACCUCUUCACUACCCUCCUCACAAACACCCCAACCCUCUUCGCCCUCUCCCUCCUCUCCCUCCGCAACCUCUACUCCCUCGCCUUCAACACCACAACAAUCGAAUCCUGGGAAAUUCAACGCCACCGCACCCUCUGCCGUCGCGCCCGCUUACUCGGCGGAUACCUCGAUGCCCCGGAUUUUCGGCGCGUGCGUAUCCGCCGCCAGGAAUUCCCGUACGAUGUUGGGGUGUGGAUGAAUGUGGUGCAGGGCAUGGGAUCUGCGAACCCCAUCCUCUGGCUGAAUCCCUGGGCCCCGACGCCCAGCCUCGCCCGCGGUCUCGCGUUUCCGACGAAUGGGUUCGAGGCGGCGGGGACGGUGUGGCCGCCGCCGGAUCCGGAUCGGAUGGUUAGGGCGAGGAGGGAGGCGGGGAAUGUAGCCGCGUUUACGUAUCAUGAUUCUGGGCUGGAGGGCCGCGAGGCGGUUGCCGCGUUCAAGAAGAGGCAGGCGGAGGAUGUGCUGAGGCGGAGACCGUUUUUGGAGAGGCUGGAGGCGGAGAGGGCGGAAACUGGCAAGGCCUACAGUCAUCCGGUAACGGGGGAGUACAAGCCCUGCGCCCAUCCACAAGCACCACUUUCCACCCCCAGCACUCUCGACCCAACAUCCACCAACGAACCCGCUCCACCCACCGCCACAAAAGAAACCCCCAUACUACCCACGGACAGCACCGCCACCGCUGACGAGAACGACGACGCCGCGCGCGAAGGCGAAGAAAGCUGGCGCAAUUCCGAGGGCGAGCGAUUACAAGACUUUGGCGUCGACGAGGACGUCGAGUUUUACGAUGAACAAGACGAUGAUGUUCCGUUGCAGGAACUGUUGACACGGCGGAGACAGGCGGCAGCAGCAGCAGCGGCAGCAGAAGCAGAAGCAACGAUCAAAAGUGCCAACGGAGCGCAAGGAGAGGGGGAAGGGUCAUGA